CUUAAAGGAGAAACAGCGGCGGCGGCGCGCGGUGGGCCCCGAUCCUCCCCGGGCUCUCGGAGGGAGCACGCGGGACCGGGAGGCGCACGCGCAGUGUAGACGAAGACGGGUUGGGGCGCGCAGGCCCGGGUGCGCAUGGCCUCUCCGGUGGCAGAUGCAUCCCGCCGGCGGCGGGAGAAGCGUAGGCAGCUGGACGCGCGCCGCAGCAAGUGCCGCAUCCGCCUGGGUGGCCACAUGGAGCAGUGGUGCCUCCUCAAGGAGCGGCUGGGCUUCUCCCUGCACUCACAGCUCGCCAAGUUCCUGUUGGACCGGUAUACUUCUUCAGGCUGUGUCCUCUGUGCAGGUCCAGAGCCUCUGCCCCAAAAGGGUCUGCAGUACCUGGUGCUCCUGUCUCAUAGGCACAGCCGGGAGUGCAGCCUAGUGCCUGGGCUUCGGGGGCCUGCAGGUGGCGAUGGGGAGCUUGUAUGGGAGUGUUCAGCAGGACACACGUUCUCCUGGGAACCUUCUUUGAUUCCUACAUCUGCAGAGGUGCCGAAGCAGUACUCUCUUCCGCACACUACUGAGAGGACCUGGUGUUCAGGGGCCAGGAGGAAGGAGCCUGACAGUUUGGAAUGUGAACAGCAUGAGAAGACUCAAGGAACCAGGCUGUCCAGGAGAGUAGGCUCCCCAUUGGAGACCUUCCCAGCCCCAGGAGAGGAACAGGAUGUGGAAGAGGAUGAGGAUGAAGAGCUGCUCAGUGAUGCCAGCCCAUGGACCUACAGCUCCUCCCCAGAUGACAGUGAACCAGAUGUUCCUAAGCCACCUCCAUCCCCUGUUAACCACACACCCAAGGAGGGAGAGAGCCCACCACUACCGCCAAUUCUCCCCAGUCCUUGUGCUGUUCUUUCCUCUCUGGGUUCUACAGCUGCUCUGACAUCAGAAACUGAGGUGCGGCUGGAACUCAGUAGGACCCCUCAGGCCUCUGUAGAGCUGCAAAUGACCGAGUCUUUGGACAGCCCUGGGAGUCAGGCCCAGUCUGCUCUGAAGCCAACCUGGGAUGAGGACCCUGCCCAGAUCGGGCUCAGGAGAAUGAGGAAAGCUGCCAAAAGAGAGCUGAUGCCCUGUGACUUCCCUGGCUGUGGAAGGAUCUUCUCCAACCGGCAGUAUUUGAAUCACCACAAGAAGUACCAGCACAUCCACCAGAAGUCAUUCUGCUGCCCUGAGCCAGCUUGUGGGAAGUCCUUCAACUUUAAAAAGCACCUGAAGGAGCAUGUGAAGCUGCACAGCGAUACCCGGGACUACAUCUGUGAAUUCUGUGCUCGCUCUUUCCGCACUAGCAGCAACCUUGUCAUCCACAGACGAAUCCACACAGGAGAGAAGCCCCUGCAGUGUGAGAUAUGUGGGUUCACUUGCCGUCAGAAGGCCUCUCUGAACUGGCACCGGCGCAAGCAUGCAGAGACUGCAGCUGCCCUGCGCUUCCCCUGUGAAUUCUGUGGCAAACGCUUUGAGAAGCCAGACAGUGUGGCAGCUCACUGCAGCAAAAGCCACCCAACCCUGCUCCCCACACAGGAGUCACCUGGCUCUUUGGAGUCUAGUCCCAGGGUUUCUGCUGCUGAACCCCUGCAAUCUCCUGAGGGGGCAAGCCUUUCCUCUUCUGACUCUAAUCCUGCCCCUUCAACAGCCAGCAAUUCACAACCUGGGCUGCCAGACCCGAGGGACGCAGAGAAAAGUCAGAUGAUGGUCACCAGGAACUAGGUAUUAGGAAAGAAGCUGAAGGUAGGGCUCCAUGACUGGGCUCCAAAUACCUUGCUUUAGCCCUUCCCCAAGGAAACAAUAAAUGGUAUUUUAUGCAAGUGUAGGCAGAGCAUAUGCUUUAAUGCUAUAGAUUCAAGAAUCUGGGAAUCUUUUGAAACAGGAUGUUAACUGUUCCAGAAUGCAGCACAGCUGACCCCAUUCACAUGCCCAACUUCUUUCUAGAUCUUCCCUGAAGAGUGUAACAUCUGCCUUAGUCUAGGAGCAGGCUGGACCAGGAAGCAGAUGACCUCCUCUUGUUCUAGCAUUUGCCUCUGAUUGAGCCCUGCAGUUUGGCCUUUUAGUAUAGAACCAAGGCCUACAGCAAAACAGCUGUAGUUAGUCUAUAGUGGGUAGGCUUUUGAGAGAGAACUGGACUGUAGGUCAUGACUUGUCAGUGAGUUAACCCUUUGAUAAAUUCUUAGCAGGCCUAUUAGGCAGAGAGGCCACAGUCCCCAGGGAAGUGCCUUUGAAGGAUAAUCUGGUUCUGGAUCCUUCCUGUAUUUCCUUGCCCUGAAGUAGGUAGCCUCCCAAGCAUUUCCGCUUUGCUUCAGGCUCAGAAAUGAAACCAGUUGACAACAGAAUGACACUACUGAAACCACAAGCCAAAAUAAAUCUUUAAGUUGA